CCGGCUGGGCGGCGGGGGGGCGCCCCCAAGAUGGCGGACCAGAUCCCGCUGCGCCCGGUGCCGCGCAGCGCCCAGCGCAGGGCGGCCUAUUACAGCAGCGCCGCCGCGGCGCAGCGGCACAGCAGGUACCAAGCAGAAGAUGAGUCCUCUCAUUUGGAUGAAAUGCCACUAAUGAUGUCAGAAGAAGGCUUUGAAAAUGAUGAGAGUGAUUAUCAUACUUUACCAAGAGCCAGAAUUUCUCAGAGAAGAAGAGGCUUAGAAUGGUUUAUCUGUGGCGGCUGGAAGUUCCUUUGCACUAGUUGUUCUGAUUGGCUCAUAAACAUUUGUCGAAGAAAGAAAGACCUGAAGGCUCGCACAGUGUGGCUUGGGUGUCCUGAGAAGUGUGAAGAAAAAUACCCCAAAAAUGCCAUAAAAAAUCAAAAGUACAACAUCUUUACCUUUAUACCUGGGGUUUUAUAUGAACAGUUCAAGUUUUUCUUGAAUCUCUAUUUUCUCAUCGUGUCCUGCUCACAGUUUGUACCAGCACUGAAAAUAGGCUACCUGUACACGUACUGGGCUCCUCUGGGAUUUGUUUUGACGGUCACAGUGGUACGGGAAGCUGUUGAUGAAUUUCGACGUUACAAGAGAGACAAAGAAAUGAACUCACAGUUGUAUAGCAAGCUGACAGUACGAGGUAAAGUGCAAGUUAAGAGUUCAGACAUACAAGUUGGAGACCUCAUCAUAGUGGAAAAGAAUCAACGAAUCCCAUCUGACAUGGUGUUUCUGAGAACAUCGGAAAAAACGGGUUCAUGUUUCAUUCGAACUGACCAGCUGGAUGGGGAAACAGACUGGAAACUGAAGGUUGCUGUCAGUUGCACACAAAGAUUGCCAGCUUUGGGGGAUCUGUUUUCAAUCAAUGCUUAUGUUUAUGCUCAGAAGCCACAGCUGGAUAUCCACAGUUUUGAGGGUACUUUCACACGGGAAGACAGUGAUCCUGCAGUUCAUGAAAGCCUAAGCAUAGAAAAUACAUUAUGGGCAAGCACUGUUGUUGCUUCGGGAACUGUAAUUGGUGUUGUUAUUUACACAGGCAAGGAAACACGAAGCGUAAUGAACACAUCCAAUCCAAAAAAUAAGGUUGGCUUGCUAGACCUGGAGCUGAAUCAACUGACCAAAGCGCUGUUUUUGGCUUUAGUUGCACUAUCAGUGGUUAUGGUCACUUUGCAAGGAUUUGUAGGCCCGUGGUAUCGCAACCUUUUCCGGUUCCUCCUCCUGUUUUCCUAUAUCAUCCCAAUCAGUUUACGUGUCAACUUGGACAUGGGUAAGGCAGCCUAUGGGUGGAUGAUUAUGAAAGAUGACAAUAUUCCUGGAACAGUUGUUCGAACUAGCACCAUACCUGAAGAGUUGGGACGAUUAGUUUAUUUACUAACGGAUAAAACAGGAACACUUACUCAGAAUGAGAUGAUAUUUAAGCGUCUCCACCUAGGUACUGUUUCCUAUGGAACAGACACAAUGGAUGAAAUACAGAGUCAUAUUAUAAACUCUUAUUCACAGGUGCACUCUCAGAACAGCGGGAACAGUACAAGCUCAACACCAUCCAGGAAAGCUCAAUCGUCGGCGCCCAAAGUGCGCAAGAGCGUCAGCAGUCGGAUCCACGAAGCGGUGAAGGCCAUCGCGCUCUGCCACAACGUCACCCCCGUCUAUGAAUCCCGGGCUGGGGUGUCUGCAGAAACAGAGUAUGCAGAAGUGGAUCAGGACUUCAGCGAUGAAAAUCGAACCUACCAGGCUUCCAGCCCUGAUGAGGUAGCUCUGGUGCAGUGGACAGAGAGUGUGGGUCUCACUCUGGUUAACAGGGAUCUGACAUCAAUGCAGCUGAAGACCCCUGGUGGGCACAUCCUGACAUAUUACAUCCUGCAGAUCUUCCCCUUCACUUCUGAGAGCAAGCGAAUGGGCAUCAUAGUUAGGGAUGAAUCUUCAGGAGAAAUUACAUUUUACAUGAAGGGUGCAGAUGUUGCCAUGUCCACUAUUGUACAGUACAAUGAUUGGUUAGAAGAAGAGUGUGGUAAUAUGGCCCGAGAAGGACUGCGCACACUAGUGGUUGCCAAAAAAUCCCUUACUGAAGAACAGUACCAAGAUUUUGAGAGUCGAUAUAACCAAGCAAAGCUAAGCAUACAUGAUAGAAACCUGAAGGUUGCUGCUGUUGUAGAGAGUUUGGAGCGAGAAAUGGAAUUACUGUGUCUCACUGGAGUAGAAGAUCAGCUGCAAGCAGAUGUUAGACCAACUCUAGAGAUGCUAAGGAAUGCUGGAAUAAAGAUAUGGAUGUUAACAGGAGAUAAACUGGAGACAGCAACUUGCAUUGCAAAAAGUUCUCACUUAGUGUCUAGAAAUCAAGAUAUUCAUAUUUUCAGACCUGUUGUCACUCGAGGAGAGGCUCACUUAGAACUAAAUGCUUUUAGGAGGAAGCAUGACUGUGCCUUGGUGAUAUCUGGGGACUCACUUGAGGUUUGUCUGAAGUAUUAUGAGCAUGAAUUUGUAGAGCUGGCUUGUCAGUGUCCUGCUGUGGUGUGCUGCCGAUGCUCUCCCACCCAGAAAGCCCACAUUGUGAAACUGUUACAGCACCACACCGGGAAACGCACGUGUGCAAUAGGUGAUGGAGGAAAUGAUGUCAGCAUGAUCCAAGCAGCAGACUGCGGAAUUGGAAUUGAAGGCAAGGAGGGAAAACAAGCUUCUCUAGCAGCUGACUUUUCUAUCACACAGUUUAAACACAUAGGUAGGCUGCUGAUGGUACAUGGUCGAAACAGUUACAAAAGAUCAGCAGCACUUGGUCAAUUUGUCAUGCACCGAGGCCUUAUUAUUUCAACUAUGCAGGCUGUAUUUUCAUCAGUCUUCUACUUUGCAUCUGUUCCCUUGUACCAAGGAUUCCUAAUGGUAGGGUAUGCAACCAUAUAUACUAUGUUUCCAGUCUUCUCUCUAGUAUUGGAUCAAGAUGUGAAGCCAGAAAUGGCAUUGCUAUAUCCAGAACUUUAUAAGGAUCUCACAAAGGGAAGAUCUUUGUCAUUUAAGACCUUCCUCAUCUGGGUUUUAAUCAGUAUUUACCAAGGUGGUAUUCUGAUGUAUGGAGCCCUGCUGCUUUUUGAAUCCGAGUUUGUUCACGUCGUUGCCAUUUCCUUCACUGCCCUGAUCUUGACUGAGCUCUUGAUGGUUGCACUGACCAUACGAACGUGGCACUGGUUAAUGGUGGUGGCUGAAUUCCUCAGUCUUGGCUGCUAUGUGGCCUCUCUUGCAUUUCUAAAUGAAUACUUUGGUAUAGGCAGAGUGUCUUUUGGAGCUUUCUUAGAUGUUGCCUUUAUCACAACUGUGACCUUCCUGUGGAAAGUGUCAGCAAUCACUGUUGUCAGCUGUCUUCCACUUUACAUUCUCAAGUACUUGAAGCGCAAGUUCUCUCCUCCAAGUUACUCCAAGCUUACCUCGUAAAAGUGAUUAUAUUCCUCUGGUUUCUCACUCACUCCAGUCUGCAGAUUGCAUAUUCACUGUGCUUUAGUGUCUAUGGAUUCACAUUGGACUAAAGAAACUUUAAAAAAAAAAUCAAAACUCAAAAGGGAUAAUGUGAAUAGAGCACAAAAAGAGGAGGAAACAUCUGAGAGAUACAAUAACACAGAAGUUCACUAACAACUAUCAGAGAUAAACUAAAUUUUCUUUGCGUUGAUUUUCUUUUUUUCUUUCAGUUGUUAUGAUUAUAAAAUAAAACCAAAUUACCUUUGAUUUGAC